GGGCUAUAGACUGCACAUACAUAGGUCAUAAAGGAUUCGAAGAAGUAGAGGAGAAGGACGCGUAAGAAAUCACUCUGGGUUAAACGAGUGCCGGCGGUCGUAAAACAGCGCGGCGCGAAAUCGCUAAAUACGUAUUAAACUACGGACUAUGGUAAUAAGUGCGCGGUGCGGGUGCAGUGACCAGGCCCGAAAGCGAUGAGUUCCAAAUUCAUCAUCGAUAGCAUGCUCCCGAAGUACCACCAGCAGUUCCAGCAUCAGCAUUUGUUCCAAACGUCUCCGGUUAGUACCUCUUCGCUCGAAGCUAGUCUAGCUUCAGUCGUUAAUUACAGUUCGUCGGCCGGUUCUCCGAGCGGUUCAUCACCUCAACACUCAAACAGCAGCGCAUCGUCUACAUCCCCAGCAUCCAGAAUGUACCCGUACGUGUCAGCUGCAACGGCAGCUGCCCACCACCAUCAUCAACAACAAGCCGUAGCUGCGGCUGCUUUCAAUGCCGCAGCCACAGGAUCGAUGGUUCCUGGUGGGUUCCCGACCAGCGCCAGCACAGCGGCUCUAGCAGCUGCAGCCGCAGCCGAUGCCGCAGCUGACAAAUCGUGCCGAUACACAGCGGGACUAGCGGGAAAUGUGAAUCCAGCCGAUUCGAUGGUAAAUUAUACCUUAGGGCACCAUCACCAGAAUGGUGCGGCAGUUUCAGCUGCAAGUUCAGUAAGCGCUGCUUCAGCUUCGAUGGCUGUAGCUGCUCAGUUUUAUCAUCAGGCCGCUAGCGCCGUCGUUGAUCCGUUGAAUUCUUGCUCUCAGCCCACAGCUCCCGGCGGACAACCCAUACCAGAUAUUCCUAGAUAUCCUUGGAUGUCAAUCACAGACUGGAUGAGUCCCUUUGACCGGGUCGUCUGUGGUCCAAAUGGUUGUCCGAGACGACGAGGACGUCAAACUUACACCCGUUUCCAGACUCUGGAAUUAGAAAAAGAGUUCCACUUCAACCACUACCUGACAAGACGAAGACGAAUAGAGAUCGCGCAUGCACUCUGUCUCACUGAACGUCAAAUUAAAAUCUGGUUCCAAAAUCGACGAAUGAAAUUGAAAAAAGAACUGAGAGCGGUGAAGGAAAUAAACGAACAAGCCAGACGAGAAAGAGAGGAGCAGGAGAGGCACAAACAACAACAGCAAGAUAAACAGAAACAGAGUAUGGGCGGUGGUGAUAGUAUACAUCACCAUCAUGAUUCGAUUAAAAUGAAUAUGACAAAAAAUGAGAGUCCAUCGGAUCUAUUGAAAACGAAAGUUCCAACAUAAAUCUGCUUGUGCCAUACCUAAUUAAUUUUCUGUGACAAGUUAAUUAAUGCAGCUUUAUUUUUGUUGUGUUUUUUUUGGUGUUAUUUUGUCGGACGAUUGUAUAUAGUUUAACGUUAAGUUUUUAGUUGUUUUGGAGCUAGGAUUUUUCAAUUUUUUAUUUAUUCGAGUAGCUGAACUUUAGUAAUUGAAGUUUUGAUUUUUAUUUUCUAAGCUCCAAAAAAAUUCUUACAUUAUUUCGGACAGUGCUGUGCUAUUAGAUCAUUUUUCUUCGGUAAAAAUGACAAUUCAAUGGUUUUUUUUAGAAGUUUUACCGUAAGUGAAGUGUAGUUUGAAGGACUUUAGUAUAAAGCCAUUUUAAAGCGAAUUUUAAAAUCUAAAUUAGAAGAUCUGCAAAGUCAGUUAAUAACUUGGAAAUUUAAUUUAAUAUCGGUUAAAGCAAAAAAAGUGGUACUUGUUUGCAGUGCUUGUAACUCUGGGUUUUGAUAUUAGGCCAAGCAACAGGUGGAUUUACCUGGAAAAAAAAUACAAAAUUUGUAGAUUAGCACCACUUUAUGACCUGAAUAACAUAUUAAGUUUGCGACCUAGGUAAGCCGCCGCUAUAUUGUAAAGUAAAGAUGGCGCACAAAAUAAGUUUUUUCGCAUUAUCUUGUUUUGAGUACGCCCUACGUGGAUAAUAGCUAUUACAAAAGUUAUAGAGGGGAAAAUUUCCUACAACUUUGUUCCAUUCCAUUUUUUGGUGCGAUCAAUAGUUUAGAAGUUAUAUUGAUAUAAGUAGUUGCUUCAUCAUCAUUACUUUUGUUACCCUACAAGAUGACAUUAUCAAUUUUAAAAUUUGACGGUUCGUCUUUGGGCCACCAUCAUCAACUUGAUUUUUUCAAAUACGGACUCUUAUUUUCUAUUUUAUCUACAAUCGUUUGAUUAUGACGUUUAUACAUAACCAUUUUUCUAGUAUUUGAGUUAUGUCAUGAGACUCAUAACACAGCUAGUGGUGUUAUGCAUUAGGUUAUGAAUUCAUAACAUAACCAGUGGUGUUAUGGACUAGAUUAUGAAUCUAUAAAACAACUAUUUUUGGUGAUUAGACAAAUGUCAAAGUUAAACCUGUAAAGGUAAUAUGAAAGUAGACAACUAUUUAUAAACGUAAAUAAUUGCAAAAAUAUUUUUCGCUUUGUAGAUAAAACGCUGUACAUCACACGUGCGUUUAAACACGACUACAAAACUCGUGCGUCACACUUGUUAUUGUAAUCAUGUCCAUAAAUGCACUUGUAUAUAAUGUAAAUAACUAUUAUAAGCUUCUGUGGAGGAAGUCGGUGUUCUUAAUCUCUCAUCUCUUUUUCUCUCAGGUGUUUCAUUAUUUGUUUGCCCCAAUAGUAUAGUUCUUCAGUUUCCAUAUUAUUUAUAUCAAGUUCCUCAUCGUGUAGCUCCUCCACCAUUUUUUUAAUAAACUCUUCGUAGUUUCUCUCCCCCAUCUCUAGGUUUAAAUAAACAGACUUUUCUUGUAAAGGUUCCUUUUUUGCAGUAAAUGUUAUCUCUCUUUCUAUAGCAACCUUGUUUUCUUUUUCAUAAUAAACUCUAAAUUCCCUAACAUAAUCAGAAUACCCAACAAACACCCCCUCUUUACUUUUUAUAUCGAGCUUCUUUCUUUUUUCAGUAGGUAUAUAUGCCCAUACUUCUUUUUCAAAUGUACCUUUUACCAUGUUAAUAUAGAAAGAUCUCUAAAAUGUUGCUCAUAAGGUGUCUCAGCUUCAACAGUCUAGUUCCAGUGCGAUUUAGAAAGAAUACAGAGCAGUAUUUGCUGCCUUUGCCUAGAAUGUUUUAAAUGAGUUGCUCUCAGCAAGCAUCACUCUCACUGCUUCCAUUAACUCUCUCUCUCUCUCUCGGCCCUACCAUUUUGCCUUCAACGUUGCACCAUCACCAGUUUUCACAUACUUUGACACUUCAACAUCCACGAAACUACAAAAAAUAUUCCUAUCUUUGCACAUGUGCUGGUAGGCUCCACUACCUAUCCAUAUACCAUUCCAUAUUUACUUGGGAAUGGAUGUCAUUUGAAAUUGCUCUAGUGCAAGACUUCCUCUAUUACCACUGGCAUCACUUUCCCGAGAUUUAUCCCGAUCUUCUUUCCUUUUCUUUGCAAAACAAUCUAUCAUCAUAUGCCCUUUUCUCUUGCAAUAACUGCAUUCGAUAUUCCGGCACUGACUUUUCAGGUGACCCACCUUACCACAAACAAAAACAUCAUCGGUUUCGGUUAACAAUUGCUCACAUUUCGCUUUGACGUUUAAGCCGCUGGAGUGAAUUUAGAAAUGGAGUGUGAAGGUAGAGUAGUUGUUGGUAAGAGUGUUCUGCACUCUGGGUGCGCUAUUUCUGAACCUAGUGGGUCGUUGCGGUAAAUUUCAAUGUUAUGAAUUACGACGCAGUACAAUUUUAAAAAUGGCAGUGAGAGGUGCAUGUAUUAUGUUCUUAUAAAAAAGAGGUUCUGCUGGAACAUCCUUCAUCUGAAGAAAGGUCUUCAAAUAGUGAAAUAACUAACCUUUUAUAUGUUGAAUAAUUGCAGAACCAUCUUUAACAAUGGGCUCGUUAUUCUUCAACACAACGGCAAAGUCAACAUUAUUGAUAUUCAUAUUUUUCGACUCCAUCUUUGAGGCCUCCAUCACUAAUAAUCAUAAUGAAUCACGUCAAGCCCGGUAAAAACCUCGGGACGUUUUUCAACUCAGUCUCUUGAGUAGGGUAAUUUGGGCGCACUCAGGGCAAGUCAACUCUCGAUUUCUGAACGGUUCCAGCGUAUUGCUCCGAGUUAGCACCUGUUAAUUUACAAACGGUUUAGAGUUACUCUAGGGUCACUCUCACACCCAGAGUGCUGUUCCUAAAUGCAACCCUGUUGUUGCGUGGUGAAAUGUCAUCAUACUGCCACAGAUUGUUCCUCAACUCUUGUCAGCCGCUCCUCUUCAAUUAAGGAAUCCAAACUACGUGACUUUUGCCAACCAGCCGGCAUUUUGAAAUUUUUAGAAUAUGGGUUGUUAUAUGUCAAUGAUGUCAGAAAAGUGUCAGAUUUGAAAACUCGCCCCGAGUAUUGAUAAUCCUGCCAAAAAAAAACAUAUGUUUUUUGUUCAUUGUUUGCCAACCAGUCGCCAUUUGGACAGGUCGUUGGAUUGCCUAAUUGAAAGACGAUCUGCCAAAUUAUUCAAAGUCUGACUUUGCAAGCUGACACUCUCUCACACCUCUGUCAUGCUGACCCAUGCUGACCGGAAAUGACGAAACUUGUUAGGAAGCGCCAUUAUGAUUUUCGUAAGAAUCAUUGUUUCAGGAAUAUUUUCACCACAUUAUUUCAGCUUUGCUUGCAAAUUUAUUACUUUUUACCGUUCCAUCUUGGGGAGUUUAGGUUAUAAAAUUGCUCAUGUAACAUGGGAACACUGACCUCUGAUUUUUUCUCGAAAAUGCUCUCCAAUUUUUGCCACAUUUCUCGUGCGGUUUCACACUGUAUUACAUGGGAUAUAAUGUCUUCUUCUUCCAUUCGAAGAACAAGUGCUUCUUGGGCACGGGCAUCUUGUAUUUGCCAUUUAGUAAUUCUCGCUGCAUCUCCUUCAGGUAUCUAUGGAAUCAUUACCACAGGUAAUUUCGAAGAGCCCAUUUACCAUCAACACUAGCAUAGCUUGAAAUGUCCACACUUUCCAGUUGGAAUUGUUCAAUUUGCUCCAUUUUCCUUUUUCACUAUGACACUGUACGAAAAAACUUAAAACUUCAAGUUACUACCACAAUAUUAGACCUGCUGGGCUCUUAACCUGAAGAGGAAGUCGGUGGUAGUACUGACAACAGAUAGUGAAAAAGAACCUAUAAUUAUUAUUAAAGUUGUUGGAAUGAUUAAGGAGCAAAAAAUAGACAUACACGUAUUCAUUUGUUAUACUACUUUUGGUUAGGUACUGACUUUUUUUUAUGUCAUGUCAUUCUUCAACAAAACGUUACGCUCUUGAUUGGCUUAGAAAUUCAAACUUUGAAUAUUCCCGGCUCUUGAUUGGCUUCCAAAGUUAAUUUUUCUCGGCUCUUGAUUGGCUCCAUUUUUUGAAUAUUCUCGGCUCUUGAUUGGCUCAGAAAUUCAAAUUUUAAACAUUUCCAGUUCUUGAUUGGCUUCCAAAGUCAAUUUUUGAAUUUUCCCGGCUCUUGAUUGGGUUCAAAUUUCAAAUUUUAAUUAUUCUUGGCUCUUGAUCGGGUUUAAAAUUUGAAUUUCCUAGCCAAUCAAGAGCCGGAAAUAUUCAAUAUUUGAAUUUCUAAUCCAAUCAAGAGUCGGUUAUAUUCAAAAUUUGAAUUCAAUCAAAAGUCGGGAAUAAUCAAAAAUUCAAUUUCUAAACAAAUCAUCAGCCAGGAAUAUUCAAAAUUUGAAUUUCAGAACCAAUCAAGAGCCAGGAAUAUUCAAAAUUUGAUUCUUGAACCCAAUCAAGAUUUGGGAAAAUUCGAAAAUUGAGUUUGGAAGCGAAUCAAGAGCCGGGAAUAUUCAAAAUUUGAAUUUCUUGGCCAAUCAAGAGCCGGGAAUAUUCAAAAUUUGAAGCCAAUCAAAAGCCGGGAAUAAUCAAAAAUUCAAUUUCUAAACCAAUCAUGAGCUGGGAAUGUUUAAAAUUUAAAUUUUAAACUCAAUUAAGAGUAAGGACAAUUCAAAAACUGGCUUUGGAAGCCAAUCAAGAGCCGGGAAUAUUCAAAAUUUGAAGCCAAUCAAGAGCCGGGAAUAAUCAAAAAUUCAAUUUCUAAACCAAUCAUGAGCCGGGAAUGUUUAAAUUUAAAUUUUAAACCCAAUUAAAAAUAAGGACAAUUCAAAAACUGGCUUUGGAAGCCAAUCAAGAGCCGGGAAUAUUCAAAAUUUGAAGCCAAUCAAGAGCCGGGAAUAAUCAAAAAUUCAAUUUCUAAACCAAUCAUGAGCCGGGAAUGUUUAAAAUUUAAAUUUUAAACCCACUUAAGAGUAAGGACAAUUCAAAAACUGGCUUUGGAAGCCAAUCAAGAGCCGGGAAUAUUCAAAAUUUGAAGCCAAUCAAGAGCCGGGAAUAAUCAAAAAUUCAAUUUCUAAACCAAUCAUGAGUCGGGAAUGUUUAAAAUUUAAAUUUUAAACCCACUUAAGAGUAAGGACAAUUCAAAAACUGCCUUUGGAAGCCAAUCAAGAGCCGGGAAUAUUCAAAAUUUGAAGCCAAUCAAGAGCCGGGAAUAAUCAAAAAUUCAAUUUCUAAACCAAUCAUGAGCCGGGAAUGUUUAAAAUUUAAAUUUUAAACCCACUUAAGAGUAAGGACAAUUCAAAAACUGGCUUUGGAAGCCAAUCAAGAGCCGGGAAUAUUCAAAAUUUGAAUUUCUAAGCCAGUCAUGACCUGGGAAUGAUUAAAAAUUGAAUUCCUAAACCAAUCAAAAGCCGGGAAAAUUCAGAAAAAGGCCAAUCAAAAGCCGGGAAUAAUCAAAAUUCAAAUUCCCAAACCAAUCAAAAGCCGGGAAAAUGCAAAAUUCGAAUUCCAAACCCGAAUAUUCCUGGCUCUUGAUUGGCUUAAAAAUUCAAAUUUUGAAUAUUUCUGGCUCUUGAUUGGAAUCCAAAGUCAAUUUUUGAAUUUUCCCAGGUCCUAAUUGAGGUUAAAAUUCAAACUGUGAUUAUUCCUGGCUCUUGAUUGGCUUAGAAAUUCAAACUUUGAAUAUUCCCGGCUCUUGAUUGGCUUCUAAAGUUAAUUUUUGAAUUUUCUCGGCUCUUGAUUGGCUUCAUAUUUUGAACAUUCUCGCCUCUUGAUUAGCUCAGAAAUUUUAAAUAUUCCCAGUUCUUGAUUGGCUUCAAAAGUCAAUUUUUGAAUUUUUCCGGCUCUUGAUUGGAUUCAAAUUCCAAAUUUUGAUUAUUCUUGGCUCUUGAUCGGGUUUAAAAUUUGAAUUUCUUAGCCUAUCAAGAGCCGGGAAUAUUCAAAAUUUGAAUUUCUAAUGCAAUCAAGAGUCGGGAUUAUUCAAAAUUUUAAAUCGAUCAAAAGUCGGGAAUAAUCAAAAAUAAACAAAUCAUGAGCCGGAAAUAUUCAAAAUUUGAAUUUCAGAACUGAUCAAGAGCCAGGAAUAUUCAAAAUUUGAAUCUUGAACCCAAUCAAGAGACGGGAAAAUUCGAAAAUUGAUUUUGGAAGCGAAUCAAGAGCCGGGAAUAUUUAAAAUUUGAAUUUCUAAGCCAAUCAAGAGCCGGGAAUAAUCAAAAAUUCAAUUUUUAAACCAAUCAUGAGCCGGGAAUGUUUAAAAUUAAAAUUUUUAACUCAACUAAGAGUAAGGAAAAUUCAAAAACUGGCUUUGGAAGCCAAUCAAGAGCCGGGAAUAUUCAAAUUUUGAAUUUCUAAGCCAGUCAAGACCUGGGAAUGAUUAAAAAUUGAAUUCUUAAAGCAAUCAAAAGCCGGGAAAAGUCAGAAAAAAGCCAAUCAAAAGCCGGGAAUAAUCAAAAUUCAAAUUCCCUUGCGCACCUGCGACACAUACUGUACUAACAUAAUUUUAAUUGCUACAACUACAGCUCCUGAUGUCCCAAAACCAAUGACGUAUUGCACUUAUUAGAAAAUUUAUAUUAUUGGCACUUUCCAUAAAAACUUGAUGCGUUAGCAUCAAAUUCUGAAACAGUAAAUCAAGAACCGUAUUUAAAAAAAGUAGAUGAUGGUGGCUCAAAGACGAAACGUCUGAUUUUAAAUUUGAAAAUAUCAUUUCGUGGAGUAGAGAAAGUUGUUUCGAUGAAGUGACAUUUAUUUUGAAAUAUCUCCUGAAAUAAGCUUGGAAAAAAAAAACGAUUUGUGACUUCAACCCUUCUCCAGAUUCUAAUGCCAUCCCAUCCUCAUCUUAGACAGACUGUAUAUAUCAACAUAACUCUAGAAAUACUGACCGCAGAAAAAAAAUACCUCAUAUGAAAAUUGUAGAAAAUUUCCUUGUCUACAAUUCUUAUAAUAAGUAUUUUUUGGCUAGGGGGUACUGGUAGACAGAUACGGUCAAAAAACUGCGAAGGCAACUGAUUUUUUUCCAGGUAAAGCACUUUUGAGCACCCCAUUGCUUGGCCUAUGGAAAUGUGUGUUUUUUUUUUAAGAUUUGUAAAUCAAGGUCGUAGACGAAAAAAAAUAUAUUGAAAGUGAGAUUUUUUUUUGCUUCACCCGGUAUAAAACUUAUUUAUUUUCAAACUUGACAUAGCAGAUCCUCGUGUUUUCGAUCAUUAUUUUCUGUGUUAAAUAAUUCGUUGUAUAUAGGUAUACUUAGUUUGUAGUGUGUUCACGUUAUAAUUCUUUUUUUUUUAUACUUAAAGUAUUUUUAUAGUAUUUUUUUUUUAUUUUUUAAGUUUAAUUAUUGCAGAUCCGGUGAUCUUAAAAACCUUAUGCCUAUUUUUUUAUUACCUAUAACGUUAUUUUUUACGUAACAUUGUUGUGAUUUUUUUUCGUUGUUGUCGACGCAUAUUUUAUUUAUCCAAGUAUAAUUAUUAUUAGUCUCAAAAGAAAAUCACCUACUUAAUCUUCUGAUUAUUUUGUUCGCAUAAUAAUUAUUGAUAUUUUGGUUUUGAGGGUAAAAAGAAAUAAAGCAGCAAUAAUGUUAUUGAAUGUUGUCUUUUUCGUUGUGUUUUGUUCAUAUAAAAUACACUAAUUAUUUUAAUUUAAUUUAUUUAUUUAAAUAGGUUAAGUUGGCAUUUAAAAAUAUUGAUCAUAGAAAAAAACAUUAUUUAAUUAUUGAUCAAUGCUGGGCCAGUGCAAAAAAAACUUAAAAGUGUACAAACACUAUAAACACAAAUAGGUGCAAUGAAAGCCAACAAAACCUAAUUUUUUUAUUUUGAUUUUAAAUUUGUGCCAAGCUUUAAAAGAAGUAAUAACUAAUAAAUUAUUGUCGCCACUACAAUAGUAAUAAUCCCCCCCUUUUUGGAAAUAUUCUAGUAAUCUCUAUACGUAAUUUGGUGUCAGGGUAGAACAAACUUAUAAUAAUAUUAAUAAUAAUAAAUAAUAAAGGUUAGAGAAGAAAAAUAUGUAUUUUCAUCACUUCAAGAUAUUUACAAAAUAUUAUCCACACAAUUGUUUUGGACAGUGAAUUAUUUCAAUGAAAUUCCAUCCAAAAAAAUAGUCACUAAAUAUUUCAUUAUUUUAAGCUGUCCAAAUUAUGUUGUUACGAAGUCUUAGUAAUCGUGUAAAAAGCAAACUUAAUGGUUAAAAAAACGUAUUUAAAUGUUUUUCGUGUAUCCUAAAUAGAAUUUCAAAACUUAUAUCUUAAACAAAAUAGAUACGUAAAGCUGUACAAUAUUUUCAAAAAAAAAUGUAUUUUGAAUUUUUCAAAAAUUAUAAUGUGUAUGUUUUUCUUAUACCUACGCGUUUUUAUUUUAUAUUUGUAUUGUAAAAAUAUACACGUAUACGCUAUUAAGUUUUGUUUUGUUGUUAUUUUUUUUUUGGCGAAUUUGAACGUACUAUGAUAGAACAAAAUACACAUUUUUCGUUUUUAUGGAAUAUACUUAUAUAGCCAUCAUUUCUUUGUUGGGUGUUAUGGAGUGUACAGUUAAAAUUUAUAAGUGUAAAUAAAUCGAUAUAAGGUCUGUUCUUACAACAGUCUGUAACAGUUUGCAAACUGUCAACUAAGUUACCGAGUUAUCUUGUGACGAUAACAUUGAAAACAUGUAUGGGCGAUGCUUUGUGACAGUUUGCAAACUGUCAGAGACUUUUGUGAGAACAGACUUUUAGGCUAGGAGCUCGCGAAGGUUUUAUUGAGGGUAUUUCAACAAGACUGAGAUUCAGUCAUUUCAUGACUGGUAAUGGCUACUCGUCGACAUUUUGUUAGUAGAAUCCAGAGGAAAAGUUAUGAACCAAAAUCUCUACACUGUUGUCAGUAUGAAAAAAUCCAAUAACUUCUGUGUGAUGUUUAAGUGAGGUCUGUUCUAUGAUCGUCCUUCUCAUGUGAAUAUUGCAAUGGUGUUUAAAACUGGUUCGAUUUUCUACCAACUUGAAAAAUCUUGGUAUCCUUUCAAUGUAAUUAGCUUAUAUUCUGCUAUGAGGGAGAUGGCCAAAGUCUGUGGGAGGAUUAAAUCAAAUUGAAACAAACCUGUGUUGGAAUUUCAUGAGCAGUUGCUUCUCAAAUUCUUGCCAUUCUGGGACUGGACUUUUUUUUGUGGUUCAUGAAGUCUUCUUCCAUCACCUAAAAAUUCUUCGAUAUUCCUACUCUAUCUCCAACUUGCACUCAGUGUCAAAGAUUGUAUUUUCAUUUUUGUCUCUUUCAUUGUUCUGUAAUUGUCAAGCUUGAAUAUUCAACGCUGAUGAUGACAUAUUUAAAAGAAAUAACGAGAUUUCUUCCUGGCCCUUCUUUUUCUUCUUCUUCUUCUUAUCCUUCUUUAUAUUUCUGUUUCUGUAGACGCUUCCAAAUACUCUUUCCCAUUGAAUUGCAUUGACUCAUACCCUUUACCAAUAAAAUUCUAGAAAAUCAGGCUUCUUAUAAAGUACAGUAAACAAAACCAUCGUCAGUUUUUAGGCCAUUAAUAGUAAGAAAUGCUUCUUAGACAGAAAAAAAAAAUGCGAGUGAAGAAUUUUUAAAGAAAUGCCAAAAGUGCAAUGCAAAAAUAAGUAAUAAAGAGUUGUUCACCCACAUUUAUGUUUUAAUUUAUUACUCAAUGAAUCCGGACUGAUAAAAGUAUUACACUAGUAAUACAAAAUUUGAAUAAUUUUGCAUAAAAGCCACAUAAAACUGCAUUAACUGUGUCGCUUUAGCAUUUUGCAUUUAAGUGCUAAUUUAAAGGUAUAAGUCAUUAAAACUAAAAUAAUAAGAAUAAAUUUUACCAUUUAGAGUGUUUUAAUUUACUUGAUCGAUAUCAAUUUAUUUUGCAGAAAAUAAAAAGUCCGUGACCAAAAAAUCCUAAAUUAAAUACGUAAUAAUUGUCAUAUCUAAGUGCCCUGUCCCUACAAUAACGUAAAAAAAAAUAUAUAUAAAAUAAACCUAUAAUCCUAAAUGUUAAUCAAUUUUGUUGCUACAUCAUAUUUAUUAAACAUUCCAUAUCAGCUGCAGACAUCAAAAUUUUUCAAUUCACUCAAAUCCUCUUGUAACGAAAACGUAGAUGCAAAUUUUUUUCAGUAUUGUAAACGCUACACCAUAUCAUUUUUGCUUGAAAGCAACAAAAUAAUAAUUCCAAUUAAAAAAAAAAUACAUAAUAUAGUCAAAAUCGACUGUAUUUAUAAGAAUUUUAUUAUUUUAUAAAGUGUUCAUAGUAUUUAUAAUAGUUAGAUUUUAAGUGUAAUAAUGAUGUUUGGUAUUAUACGAUGUAAUAUACAUUUUUAAGUCAGUAAUUAGAAAUUUUUGUCUCGAUAAAAAUUUCUAAUAUUUAGUUACUGAGAUGCAUACCCUCAAACCGAAUUAAAACAAAAAGUAACUGUACUAUAAAAUAGAUAGUUGUACUAUUAGUGGGCUACCAAUUUAAGCUUUGAUGCCAUGUUUCUUAUAUUUAACUGUAAAACCUUAAUAUAUUGUAAUUGUACAGAUUGUCUGAACUGAUUAAAUAUUUCUUUGGAA